AUGGGGUUACGCUAUACUUCCUACAUCGAUCAUCCUAGGACGAAACACACGAAAUUUGUGACUUAUGGGUGCUGCAAUUGCAGGACUCAUCUGAGCUCAUCUGCGCAAGUUAUGUCGAAAGACUACCGUGGAACUACGGGCGAUGCAUACCUAAUGAACCGUGUGGUGAAUGUGGUAGAAGGCAGUCGUGAAACCCGAUGUAUGUUGACCGGGUGCUACGUCGUUUGCGACAUAAAAUGCCAUAUGUGCAAGAAUCUGGUGGGGUGGAAAUACGUGGAAAGCGAACGGAAAGACCAGCGAUACAAAGAGGGAAAAUUCAUAUUGGAACUGCAGACGAUAUCCAAAGUGUCAUGA